CGCCGCCCCCGGCUCAGUCUGCAGGCGGCUCCUCGGCCCGGAGGCAGCGGCAGGCGAGCCGGCGGGAGCAGGGAGGCCACGGGGCAGCGGGAGCCCAGGUGUGAAGCUCCUACUUCGGCGGGCGGAAAGAGCGGCCGGGAGCAAUUCUGUGGUUUUCAAUAGAUCCUUAAGGCGGCACCAUGGAGCUGCCCCUCCUGGACUACGCCGAGCCGGGGAACUUCUCGGACCUCAGCUGGCCGUGCAAUAGCAGCGACUGCAUCGGCGUGGACGCGGUGCUGUGCCCCGGGCUGGCGGGCAAGAGCGCCCUCCUCUACACGCUGGCCUUCGUCUACAUCUUCAUCUUCGUCAUCGGCAUGGUGGCCAACUCCGUGGUGGUGUGGGUGAACGUGCAGGCCAAGACCACGGGCUACGACACACACUGCUACAUCCUGAACCUGGCCAUCGCCGACCUGUGGGUGGUGGUCACCAUCCCGGUGUGGGUGGUCAGCCUGGUGCAGCAUAACCAGUGGCCCAUGGGCGAGCUGACCUGCAAGGUCACCCACCUCGUCUUCUCCAUCAACCUCUUCGGCAGCAUCUUCUUCCUCGCCUGCAUGAGCGUCGACCGCUACCUGUCCAUCACCCACCUGGCCGGCGCCUCGGCCCGCCGGAAGCAGGUGUGCCGGCGCGUGGUCUGCGUCCUGGUGUGGCUGCUGGCCUUCUGCGUGUCGCUGCCCGACACCUACUACCUGAAGACCGUCACGUCGGCCGCCAACAACGAGACCUACUGCCGCUCCUUCUACCCCGAGCACAGCGUGCGGGAGUGGCUGGUGGGCAUGGAGCUGGUGUCUGUGGUGCUGGGCUUUGCCGUGCCCUUCUGCGUCCUCGCCGUGUCCUACUGCCUGCUGGCCCGCGCCAUGGCGGCGUCCAGUGACCCCGAGAGGCACAGCGGCCGGAAGAUCAUCUUCUCCUACGUGGUGGUCUUCCUGGUGUGCUGGCUGCCCUACCACGCCGUGGUGCUGCUGGACGUCUUCUCCAUCCUGCACUUGGUCCCCUUCAGCUGCCCGCUCGAGGACUUCCUGUUCACGGCGCUGCACGUCACGCAGUGCCUGUCGCUGGUGCACUGCUGCGUGAACCCCGUGCUGUACAGCUUCAUCAACCGCAACUACCGCUACGAGCUCAUGAAGGCCUUCAUCUUCAAGUACUCGGCCAAGACUGGCCUCACCAAGCUCAUCGACGCCUCCCGGGGCUCCGACGCCGAGUACUCGGCCCUGGAGCAGGGCGCCAAGUGAGGACCCACCCACCCUGCCGCCGCAGGGCCGGCUGGCACGCCUCGGGACGUUGGGGGCGGAGCUCGGCAGCCCUGGGCCUGGGGGCCCGGGUGCGAGAGGAGGCGCAGGGGCCGGAACGUGGCUUGCUGGGCUGCCCCUCCCCCGCCCCCCGUGCCAUGUGGCCGUGGGCUGCAGCCUGGCCAGGCUUCCCGGGCUGAGCAGGACGGGGUGACCCCGGUGCACCCUGGGCCCGUCCGUGCCCGUGACUGCCCCGUGCCUCCCCCACCGAAGGUUUCUGGGGCUGAUUUGUAUUUAAAGGGAAACUUUCUAUUUUCACACUCUCGGCAUGCCUUGUCCGUGUAUUUGGAAGUGUAAAUCUAUUUUGAUAGCGUCUGGGAGGCACAGUGCCCACCCGUACCCAGGAGGCUGUGGUGUUCGGGGUGGCGUGCCGCGGGAGUGGCCGACAAGUGGUCGGCGGCUCUGCCGAGAUGGUGCUUCUAUACAUAUCUAUAAAUAUAUAUAUAUAUAUAUAUAUAUAUAUAUAAAGAUGGGCCGGGCUGGGCCGGGGUGGUUUAUUUACGACGGUUUCCCGUGUGUGGCGCUCGGUGUGGUGCGGCCGUUCUCGUCACGGACUCGAGGAAGACAAGGCGGCACCGUCCCUGCCGCCGCGCCCGAGCAGCCGCGUCCGUGUGCCCCCGCGUGUGUAAGUUAUUAUUUUUUAAAUAAAGGUUCUUGAUGUUU